AUGGGGNUCCUGAUUCAACAACAUAAACUGUAUAGCCUGCCACGACCAACCAAUGGCGAAGUCCGAGGCCUUCGAGAAUUCAUUUGCGACAGCGAACAACAUGGCCACAAUAGCGAGCAAGAAUGGUUACACCAUCCCGAGAAUACCAUCUGGAGUCUGAGUGUUGAUGAAAAAGCAAAAUACGAAACAGACCAACAACGAGCAAGAGCACACGAAAGAGCAAAGGCCACACAAACGGAUCUCGUCAGUCUAUCAGGGCAUGUCGCUCCCGACUCGUUCACCAACUUGUUGAGAAGCAAAGUUGUACAACGCUUCCAUGUAUUUUUCGGACAUCGACUACUACAAGAAGAUGCGGAAUUUGGUGGUCACGUAAGUCACUCGCUACAUGAACUUUUAAGAACCAGUCUGACAUCCUUCGCAGNNAUGUACCGCGGCGAAAUACUAGAANAAAUGGCCUUCUAUAUCAGCAUCUUGUUCGCAUCGUUACUCCCAACCGCCAGUAUCAUCGCCCUCUACUAUAUCCCUGUCUUGAUCUGGAGAUUAAUCUUCAUCGGACUCUGGAGUGCAACAUUCAGUAUCUGCCUGGCAUUCUUUACCCCAGCAAAUCGGAUUGAGAUCUUUAUGGCGAGUGUUGCUCUGGCUUCAGUGCAAGUCGUGUUUGUUGGUACGAAUUCCAACCAAAAUCCAGGACUACCUGCUACUUGA